AUGGCCCACGAAGUUGAUCCCAAACGGCUGAGCCAACCAUUCUCCCUCCCCGAUCCCACCAGCUUCUCCAACUUCCAGCGCGACAUCUAUCAGUCUUUCCGGCCACCGCUCUUCUCAACAAAUCCCACACAAUGGGAGUCCCUGGCUAAGGAAAGGAUCCCACCUACAAACUUCGGUUACGUCUACGGCUCAGCCAGCAGCGCUGCCACGGCAAAGGCCAACAGUGAGGCUUUCAAUCGAUACCGACUUAGGCCACGCUUUCUUGUUGAUGUAACCAGACGCGAAGUAGAUGUCGAACUGUUUGGAACAAAGUACAAGAGUCCUCUGAUUGUCUCCCCGAUUGGCGUCCAAAGUAUUUUGCAUCCCGAUGCGGAAGAGGCCACAGCAAGGGCAUGCCAUAAUGUUGGUGUGCCGAUGGUUUUGUCGACUGCUGCGACUCGAACAAUUGAGCAGGUUGCAGCCGCCAAUGCAGAUGGUGAUCGAUGGUUUCAACUCUACUGGCCCAAGCCACAGUAUGAAGAGAUCACUGCUAGUCUUCUCGGCCGAGCGAAAGCGUCUGGUUACAAGGUUCUGGUAGUUACUUUGGAUACCUUCAGUCUUGGCUGGAGACCGACAGACCUUGACACCUCUUACUUACCUUUUGUAUGGGGUGAAGGAUGCCAAAUCGGUCUCUCAGAUCCUGUUUUCAACAGACUGUUCGAUGAGAUGCAGAAGAACGACUCACGAAGCGUGGGUGAGAAGUUGUCUGAGCUAUGGUCAAUCAUGAGACGGCCUGGUACUGUUUACGGCGCUGCACGAGUUCUUGCCAAUGCAAAGACCAUGGUCAGGUCAAAAGCUUGGAUUGAUGUGAUUAACUCGGGUACAUACCGCGAAUGGGCUCACAUCAAGAUUCUGAAAGAUUUAUGGGAUGGCCCGAUUGUUCUCAAAGGAAUCCAGACCGUUGAAGAUGCUCAUCUGGCUAUCGAACACGGCGUUGAUGGUAUCAUCGUAUCCAACCAUGGCGGUCGCCAACUCGACGGUGCGAUAGCCUCACUUGAUGCUCUGGCCGAAAUCACAGGCGACGAAAAGAUCAAGGCUUCCAACUUGACUGUCAUGUUCGACAGCGGCGUGCGGACCGGCUCGGAUGUGCUGAAAGCGCUGGCUCUUGGUGCGAACGCAGUUUGCAUUGGAAGGCCUUAUGCUUACGGCCUCGCCGCUGGUGGGCAAGAGGGAGUCGAGCAUGUGCUGAAAUGCCUACUCGCGGAUAUGGAUAACAUGCUUGCGAAUGUUGGGAAGAAGAGUGUUCGGGACUUGAGCAGGGAUGACCUUCAAGUUUUGCCGCUGUCCAAGCUAUAA